UCCCUUGGCUCUAUGAAACCCAACACCCCACAUCGCCGUCACCUCCGCACGCACCAUCCAGUCCACUCACUCCCCUCUGACUAUACAUACGUGUGCCAAACAUUGACUGCACGCUACACACACUUACACACCACUACCAGCUGGCCUUUCCACUGCCCUUCCGCUUCACUUCUUUUUCCCAAGCCCUUUUCCCCAAUUCCUCCCUCUCUCUACCUUCCCUCUUGCUCACACUACUCCCUCGCCCACUUCCGCUCACGCCAGGUAGCAUUGGCCCAGGACAGGUAGCAUCUCGUCUGAUUGCUUACCUCGGACGGACCCGUUGUAUUAUUAUUUAUUGACCCGCAGACGCCGCCGCCACCACCACCAAUACACUCUCGCCCCGCCGCCCGCCUGCCCAUCGACACCUACCUACUUUGUCCGCUCCUCCUUAUUGCUUCCCUGGCAAACAACCUGUACUCCCACAACCUCUGUCGCCCGCAAAUAUGAACGUCAACAAAAAACUCGGUCGCUUCAAGCAAUGGGCUGGUGAAAAGAUGGGGAACGAGUCCCAAACGGGUCUCUCGGAUGACUUCAAGGCCCUGGAGAUGGAGAUGAACUUGCGCCAUGAAGGAAUGGACAAGAUGCAGAAAUCUAUGACCGCCUACGUCAAAUCUCUAUCAAAGCGAGCAGAGGGUCACGAUCGCGAGAAAACCCUCCCCGGCGGCCACUUGGGCUCGUCCAUGGUCACUCACAGCGAAGACUUUGAACCCGAUUCGGAAUUCGGCAACUGUUUGUCUUCUUUGGGUCGCGCGAACGAACGUCUAGCUCGCGUGCAGGAAACUUAUGUACAGGAUGCCACAUCAACUUGGCUAGAAGGCUUGGACCGCUCAGUCGCUCAAAUGAAGGAAUACCAGGGUGCACGAAAGAAGCUCGAACAACGCCGCUUGGCUUACGACACUUCGCUCGCCAAGAUGCAGAAAGCAAAGAAAGAGGACUUCAGAGUCGAGGAGGAACUGCGGGCCCAGAAGGCAAAAUACGAGGAAACUAGCGAGGACGUCUAUCGGAGGAUGCAGGACAUCAAGGAAUCCGAAGUGGACAUGAUCCAGGAUCUGACCCAGUUCCUCGAGGCGGAGUUGUCCUACUAUGACCGCUGUCGCGAGGUUCUUUUGAACGUCAAGCGGGACUGGCCAGCACAAGAUUCCUCCAUCAACCGGUCACGCUCACGAUCCAAUGCUGCCGCUCAUGGGUACGCCGAGCGUUUCAACCCACCCGAAGAAGAGCCCGCUCCAGAACCUGCCCGUAUCACAAUUCCAAAGCUACCUUCGCGUAAUCUUUCUCCUUCGAGGGCCACCUCUUCACCUUCCGGAUACAGCGGUGGGCGUCCUAACUUCUCCCGCCAAAAUACCUUUGAUAGCCCGUCUCGUUCCCAGCGGGAAGAGUCUCCACGAAGACUUUCGCGCAUACCGACCGAACCGACAGCCGUUCUUGCUGGCCGAAAUAGUCUUCGUCCAGUCCGAACCACCAACACGUUUUCCGAUGAAUACAGUGAAGAUUAUGCGGACGGCAACGGUUACCGACGUGAUAGAUCACCCAGCCCUGCAGCUAGUAGCCAAGGGAGUGUACUCUCACGAGCGACCAGCUGGACUGGCGCCGACAUGCCCUCGCAUGGAAAGAAAGCACCCCCGCCUCCACCGCCUUCCCGGGCAAAGAAACCCCCACCUCCGCCACCGCCCAUGAAGCGAAGUGGGUUGAGUUCAUCAGAAGUUUCGCAUUAUUAG